AUGUGCGCUGAAGUGCAUAAAAACGACACCAGGAUCGCCCCGGAUAUACCGUAUCGUCAAGUCGUCGGUAGUCUCAUGUACCUAGCAAUGGCCACACGCCCUGAUAUCACGUUUGCUGUUAACGCCGCCAGCCAGCAUCUGGAGAACCCAAGACCUAUUCACUGGAAUGCCUCGAAAAGAAUUAUAAAAUACGUGAAGGGUACCUGCAACUACGGCCUGUACUUCCCGACAGAUCGAAAGAAUCAUGUACACACAUUCAGCGAUGCAGACUACGCUGGGGAUACUGAGACCAGAAGAUCAACAACCGGACUGCUCGUGAAGCUCGGAGACUCCACAGUGACCUGGAGGUCACUAAAGCAGAGAACUGUCGCUCUAUCCACAACGGAGGCGGAGUAUGUGGCGGCGAGCACGACUGUCAAGGAGGUGAUCUGGACCAAGGCCCUGCUCGACGAACUCGCCGUCCCAAGCGAGAAAACAUCGCUCUAUGUUGACAACGUGAGCGCUGUUAAGCUGAUAAAGAACCCUUAA